UUGCACUUACAGUACGGCCAAGUACAGCGUGUUGACAUUUCUACCUCGAUUCUUGUAUGAGCAGAUUAGAAGAGCUGCUAAUGCCUUCUUCCUCUUCAUUGCCUUAUUACAGCAAAUCCCAGACGUAUCUCCAACAGGAAGAUACACCACGCUGGUGCCAUUGAUCAUUAUUUUAACAAUCGCAGGCAUCAAAGAAAUCGUAGAAGAUUUUAAGCGACAUAAGGCAGAUAAUGCGGUUAACAAAAAGAAAACAAUAGUGUUAAGAAAUGGUAUGUGGCAUACCAUUAUGUGGAAAGAGGUGGCGGUGGGAGACAUUGUGAAGGUCGUCAAUGGGCAGUAUCUUCCCGCAGACGUGGUCCUGCUCUCCUCCAGUGAACCUCAGUCGAUGUGCUAUGUUGAAACAGCUAAUCUAGAUGGGGAGACGAACCUUAAAAUACGGCAGGCCUUGAGUCACACCGCUGAAAUGCAGACGCGAGAGGUGCUGAUGAGGUUAUCUGGAACCGUAGAAUGCGAAGGGCCCAAUCGCCACCUCUAUGACUUCACUGGAAACUUGCACCUAGAUGGGAAAAGCUCUGUUUCCCUUGGGCCUGACCAGAUCUUGUUAAGAGGUACGCAGCUUAGAAAUACUCAGUGGGUCUUUGGCAUAGUUGUUUAUACUGGACACGACACCAAACUCAUGCAGAACUCAACCAAAGCCCCUCUCAAGCGGUCGAAUGUUGAGAAGGUGACCAACGUGCAGAUCCUGGUCUUGUUCGGCAUCCUGUUGGUCAUGGCCUUGGUGAGCUCGGUGGGAGCCCUGUACUGGAACGGGUCUCAAGGCAGGAAGAACUGGUACAUCAAGAAGAUAAACACGACUUCGGAUAAUUUUGGAUACAACCUGUUGACAUUCAUCAUCUUAUACAACAAUCUAAUUCCCAUCAGCCUGCUGGUGACUCUCGAAGUUGUGAAGUACACUCAAGCCCUUUUCAUAAACUGGGACACGGAUAUGUACUACCUAGGAAAUGACACUCCUGCAAUGGCCAGGACGUCAAACCUUAAUGAAGAGCUCGGGCAGGUAAAAUAUCUCUUUUCUGACAAGACUGGAACUCUCACAUGCAAUAUCAUGAACUUCAAGAAGUGCAGCAUUGCCGGAAUAACCUAUGGUCAUUUCCCGGAAUUGACGAGGGAGCCAUCCUCGGAUGACUUCUGUCGCAUACCUCCCCCCACCAGCGACUCAUGUGACUUCGAGGAUCCCAGGCUGCUGAAGAACAUUGAGGAUCACCAUCCCUCAGCCGCUUGCAUCCAGGAGUUCCUCACCCUGCUGGCCGUGUGCCACACGGUGGUCCCCGAGAGGGACGGCGACAACAUCAUCUACCAGGCCUCCUCCCCAGACGAGGCUGCUCUGGUGAAGGGCGCCAGGAAGCUGGGCUUCGUCUUCACAGCCAGGACUCCGUACUCCGUCAUCAUAGAGGCGAUGGGACAGGAACAGACAUUUGGAAUCCUUAAUGUCCUGGAAUUUUCUAGUGACAGAAAAAGAAUGUCAGUAAUCGUUCGAACUCCUUCGGGGCAACUCCGACUCUACUGUAAAGGAGCUGAUAAUGUCAUUUUUGAGAGACUUUCAAAAGACUCAAAAUACAUGGAGGAAACAUUAUGCCAUCUGGAAUAUUUUGCCACAGAAGGCCUGCGGACCCUGUGUGUGGCGUACGCGGAUCUCUCUGAGAACGAGUACGAGGAGUGGCUGAAAGUCUAUCAGGAGGCCAGCACCAUCCUGAAAGACAGAGCUCAGCGGCUGGAAGAGUGUUACGAGAUCAUCGAAAAGAAUCUGCUGCUACUGGGAGCCACGGCCAUAGAAGACCGCCUUCAGGCAGGGGUUCCGGAAACCAUAGCGACUCUGCUGAAGGCGGAAAUUAAAAUAUGGGUGUUGACAGGAGACAAACAAGAAACUGCAAUUAACAUAGGGUAUUCCUGCAGACUGGUAUCACAGAACAUGGCCCUUAUCCUAUUGAAGGAGGAUUCUUUGGAUGUAAGUAGUUUUCAAAAGUUGCAUUUGAUGUAACUAUAUCGACCCCAUUGUUUGUUUAUACCAUGAUCGAUAAUCAGAGUCCAUGUUUUUUGCUGAGAACAGUUGCAAAAUGACUGUGUUUGUUUUCUGUUUGUGUUAAUGAACGGAUGUCAGAAGGCCUUAUCCUUAAACAUCAAAAUAGUAAGCGUAGACUGUUGUCCCAUGAUAAUACUUUAUCUUACUCUCCUAGAGUUGUGCAUUUAAAAGGGGAUACUUUUAAUCUGGCUUGGCUUUAAUCAUUAAAUAUGACAUGUGAAUGGGAUCUAUUAGAAUUUACAUUGAGUUGUGAUGGUUAACUCUAGGUUACUAAGGAGACUUGUAGGAUUUUUCUUUCUAGGACAGACCUUAAAAUACAGCUAAUGCUCAAGUGUUAAAGGGUUGUUUAUAUUUGUAUGUUAAUAGGAUACAUAUGCACUUAAUUCUCCAACAUCCCAAUGCCACCCUCUCUUGGAGAAUUGAACAACAUGGUUCUCUGAGUGUUUUAUAGACAUGUACUCACCCCUUAUCAUGGCCUAAAGCCACUGAUGAGAUGGGGGUGGAGGAAGCUUAUUUGUGUGACCUAUGAAGUAGCUUGAUAUGAAAAUAUGAGCUGAACAACGAGACUCCAUUUGUCAGGGCGUCUAACUAGGGCCUCCUGACUGACAGGCGCCCACAGCCACCCUUCCGGGCGGGAGAUUUAGAUGCCAAUGCUAGGAGCAGAUGACAAGGCUGGUGGCGUUUUUUAAGGGAGGAGAUACGGUGCAGAGGUUAUUACACUUGCAAACUGGGGAGGCCACCACUGUGGACGCCAAGACCCUCUCGCCCGGAGUUCUGGGAGUGUCUGGGGCACCGUUGGCAGCGUCCCCCCCUGGGUCUGGUGUGAGCGCUCCAGGGUGCACCAGCGUGCCCCUCCUCCUUUCUCACGCGGCUGCCUGCAAGAAGCCCAGCACCCCACGUCACGCCUGGUCACCUGGACUCUACUUCUCACGGGCCCUGGAGGGAUGAGGAACCCUCCCCUCUGCUAAAGCAUGUGCUCCAGGCACCCCAGCACUCCAUCCCGGGCUUGUCUUUAUUUGUUCUCUAUAGAACUUUUCAUCGCUGGAAAUA